AUGAUUGACGACCGGACGCCGGAUCCAUCGUCUGUGUUCAGCGCCCCACAGAUACAUCCGACUGAUAAUUCCGGCAUACGACGACAUCAAUACUGUAAUUUGAAUACACAGAGUAAUAAUACUGGGUAUUUGGAAUCAUAUAAACAUCAAUGUCAUCAUAUUGAAAGACCACAUCAUGCAAGUCAGCACAAAAUAGUACUGAAACAUCAAGAUCAUCAAACCGAUAGGCAAAAUCAUCAAAAUCAAAAAGAAGUAUUCCUGAAACAUCAGUGUGAUGAUUUUCAAACAGAGGAUACUUUGUUUCAUCAUAAAAGUAUACCAAAUAAUCCUCAUGAUAAAUUAGUACCACAAAAAGGUACUUUCAAAUAUACCAUCCCACGGAAUCAUUCCUUUGAGUAUACUAAAUUAAAAACAGGUAAUUGUGAUAAAAUUAUAAUACAUAAUCACUCCAGCGAAAGACCUGUAGUUAAGAAAACCCUCUGUGAAUUGAAAAAAUAUCCGCACAUAUAUCUUGCUAAUUAUUUGUGUAGAAUACAUAACUCAAAAUGUGAUUUACAUCGUUCUAUAUCCACUUUUCAACGAGUUAUACUUUUUAUUAAACUAAUCGUCGGCUCCGCACGUCAAUGUUUCCCGCGCAACUUCCCAUUAUGUGCCACGCUGUUUUUGUCCAUUCUAGUCCUCCAAAUAACCUCAACCUCAUCAGCAGCAUCUGUGCCUGUUAUAUCAUCAUCGCCGUCAAAUUUACAACUAAAUAUUGGGAUCCUGGUGGCAGAAUCCAGCGAUGAAUCUUUCAUCACGCGACUACGGCAGGAUUCCAAUAAAGCAAUCGAAGACUUCAGAAACUUUAUCCAGCUAACAGAAGGAGUUUCGAACCCAACUCCGCUGCAAGUAAACUGCGAAAUUUUCUCCUUCAACAGCACGCGAAACGCACUGUCAAACCUAGACAAGAUCUUCAGCAAUGCAUCAAUUCACGCUGUUCUAGGCGUGUCCACGUACGACAUGCAUAGUUCUCUUAUCCUACAAGCCGAAGUCUUUGACAAAGCCUACUUUCCAGUAAACUCGUUCAUUUUUACUCUGACAAAGACCCAGUCCAGGAGCUUUGCACCGACGUUCACACAGCGGGGUAAAAUGUUGGCUGUAAUACUGGAUACGUACAAGUGGCAGAAGCUGCAUAUUAUCUUCUCCAACCACAACAUCUGGCAAGAUUUUGCAACUCAUUUAUAUCUCGUGAUGACUUCCCUCGACUUUAAGGUGACUCUGGGCAAAGCUGUGUCUGUUCCCAUCACAGUUGAAAGCGCACACAUACCACUGAAGGAUGUAGGACAGGUGAAAG